GACCCAUUGUUUACUCUGUGUGGGUUGGUUUGGUUGCCUGUGAGGUUGAUGCUAUCGUGAACGGACAAACACCUACCUUCCCAAGAUUAGGCAUUCUAGCCACACCCACGUCGAACCAAUUGAUACCAAAGCCCUGCCGCCGUAAAUCAGCGCUCUCUAUGGCUUCAAGCACCUGACACGGUUACAAUUCUCACUCUCGCGCCAAACGCCAAACGCCAACCGGCCAAUAUAAAACGAAAUGUUGUCCCUCCUUCCAGAUCUCACGCCUCGCGACUCCCAUUCUCUCUGGUACACCUCGUCCCGAAACCCCAACCAACUUCCCCCGCACCUCGACCCCGAAGGCGGCAACCCCUCCAGCGCGCCGGGCGGCGGUCCCUCGACGGGCCCGCGGCCGGCCCGGCCGACGACCCACUCCGCGGCGGCGGCGGCCGUCGAGCGGUCCGCGCUGGCGCGGCUGCGCGCCGACGAGGCGUACAUGGAGCGGCGGCGGCUCAACGUGUCCAACUUUGGCGCGACGUGGCUCAAGCCGCCCGGCGUGGUCAAGUCGCUGUUCCAGAUGCGCGAGGAGCGCCGCGAGCAGGAGGAACACGCCGAGGCACUGCGCCGCGAGCAGCUGGCCCUGGAGCUGGCCGAGGCCGAGGCCGAGGCGGCGGGCGCCGGGGCACUGGGGCUGGACGACGACGACGAGGAGGGGUUGGAGGGCGGCGAGGCUAUGGAUGAGGAUGUCGUGGGCGGGGGGAGGGACUUGGAUGAUGACAUCCCCGAUGCUGACGAGGGCGGGUUUGGCUUCGACGGGGCCAGCGAUGAUGACGAUGAGGAGGAGGGGGAGGACGACGACGAUGACGACGACGGGGAUGGUGGAGUGUACGGGGGCCAUGGAACGGGCGCGGCUCAGCAGAGGAGGGCCCAGCAGAGGGAGCUCGCGAAUCGGCUGGCGACCGUGCGGGCGGCGGAGGACCGGGCCCGGGAGCGGAUGGUACGCGGGCAGGACGUGGGGUCCGACAUCUACGGCGGGGAGGAGGAGCUCGACAACGAAGACCCCUCCCAGAUGCUCGAGGAGGAUGACUUGGUCCACAUGUCGCACCACCACCAGCACGAAGUCGAACCCGGCAUGGACUUGGACAUGGAUGCCGACCUGGACGAUGACAUCCCCGAGGCAGAAAGUGGAGUCUACGAGCACACUGACACCGAGGCCGAGCUGGGCAGCAGCAGCGACGACGGCGGCCAGAAUACGAGCUUCGCUGGGGCCCGGGCGCCGCCAGCCUCGCGGUUCGGGAGCAGCCUCGUUCGCAGCGAUGGCGCGAGGACCAGCCUCGACAUCAACAGCAUCCUGUCCCGUGACGGGAGCAGUCUGGCGGGAAGCAGUCCGCAAGUUCGACGGAGGAAUCACUUACACGGCUAAGCGGUGGAGCGUGCUGGCAUCAUGCUACAGGGUCGUAAAGAGACGCGCCCGACAUAAGAUAAGAUAGAGAUACCCUUAGGGCAGAAACCCCUGGCCCAUUCUAAGCCGUGGUGUGGUAUACAUAUAUUCGAAUUCAAUAGCAUCACGGUAGAACCGACUACACCCGACGAUGAUCAUUACAAAGCCAUAUCGAGACCCACGCGCCCCCGUCCAAUGCAGUGUUUGCUAUGACGUACAAAAACUCCCUGCUCAAAUCAAGGGAGGCGCCAUAACGCCCGUAACCCCAAUGCAGACCCGUAGCUUUGGCAAGCAUUUCUAUGCGACCGUU